GACUUCUGUUCAUAACUUUCUCUUCCUGAUAUACUCCUCCUUUGUGUGUAUCUAUCCCUCUCUGUAUACAUACAGAGUGAGGAAAAAGAGAAACAGAAACAGAAAUAUACCCACCAAAAAAUAUAUACAUCUAUUGAUCAAUUCCUUCUUCAAAAUCACAUUUCAUUUCAAUUUGUCAAGCAUUUGUGAGGUAAAAGGAAAGUAAACUUACACCAAACACACCCUUAAUCUUCUCUUAUAGUUUUGCAGAGAAAAAAAAAAAAAAACUGUCUUCACGUUUCAAACAUUUAACCAAAAUUCCCUCACAUAUACAUAUAUAUGUUCUACCUAUUAAAUUUAAAAAAUGGGUUGAAGAUGGAAAAUUUAGCAUAUGGGUAUUGAUGAUUUGUGACAAAUGAGGCAAUUCCAAUAAAGGGUUGUUGAAAUCUUGUUUUUUUUUUUUUUUUGGUUGAAAAAUGGAGUCAAAUGGUAUAUCAGAUAUGAGAUUAGAACCUAGUAUUGAUACAGAUAAGUUAAGUUAUGAGAUUUUUUCAAUUCUUGAAAGCAAAUUCUUAUUUGGUUAUGAUGAUCAAAAGCUUUGGGUACCUAAAAAUUUAACAUCUGCCAUUGUUGAAGAGAAGAAGAAAAAUGAUGAAGUUUUAAUGGAGAAUAUUCAGGCGAUUAAAAAUCAACGAGGAAAAAUAUGUAUACUCAGCAUUGAUGGUGGUGGAAUGCGAAACAUAUUAUCAGGGAAAGCUUUAGCGUAUUUGGAACAAGCAUUGAAGGCUAAAUCGGGAAAUCCAGAUGCUCGAAUCGCCGAUUAUUUCGACGUUGCUGUCGGUUCCGGCACCGGAGGAAUUUUCGCAGCGAUGUUAUUCUCAACAAAGGAUCAAAACCGUCCGGUUUUUCACGCCGAGGACACGUGGAAGCUUCUAGCGGAACAAGGUAGAAGAAUUUACCCUUCGAAGGGGUCGAGUUCCGCUGGAAAUGGUUUUCUCCGGCGUGUUUUCCGACGUGGGGCAACAGAUUCAGAUGCUGCCGGUUUAGAUAAAGUGAUGAAAGAAGCAUUUAUGGAUAAAAAAACUGGUCGAAGCCUUACGUUAAAGGAUACACUUAAACCGGUUUUAAUCCCCUGUUAUGACUUAUCCAGUACGGCACCCUUUUUGUUCUCUCGAGCCGAUGCUUUCGAGUCGGAAAGCUUUGAUUUUCGGUUAUGGGAAGUUUGCCAGGCUACAUCAGCUGAACCGGGAAUUUUUGAACCGGUUUGUAUGAAAUCUGUCGAUGAAAAAACGGGGUGUGUGGCAGUUGACGGCGGUUUAGCUAUGAGUAACCCAACCGCUGCAGCGAUCACGCACGUGCUUCAUAAUAAACAGGAAUUUCCUUUUGUGAGAGGUGUUGAGGAUAUUUUGGUACUUUCACUUGGGACAGGGCAGCUUCUAGAAGGAAACUUCGAAUUUGAGCAUGUUAAGAAAUGGAAGGCUAAGGAUUGGGCUAAACCAAUGGCCCGAAUCUCCGGCGACGGAGCGGCUGAUAUGGUGGAUCAUUCCGUCGCCAUGGCGUUCGGGGAAUGUCGGAGUAGUAACUACGUCCGCAUUCAGGCUAAUGGAUCGAGCUUCUGUCGUUGUGGGGUGAACAUAGAUGCCGAUCCAAGUCCUAGCAAUGUGAAAAAGCUUGUGGGAAUUGCAGAUGAAAUGCUGAAACAGAAAAAUGUAGAGUCUGUACUAUUUGGUGGAAAGAAAAUAGCAGAGCAGAGCAAUUUCCAGAAACUUGAUUGGUUCGCUGGAGAACUUGUACAAGAGCAUCAGAGGAGGAGUUGCAGGAUAGCUCCCACUGUUGCAUUUAAACAACAUCUCCCAAACAGUUACCAAGAAAAAUAAAAUGAAAAGAUCAGAAAAAAUAUUUG